AUGGCCCAUGCGUCCUCCGCGCGCCGCACCGCAGUAGCGAUCAAGUCGAGAAAACUCUCCAGCGGUCACCGGUCGGCAGUCUUAUUCCGCAACGCCGGCUGGCUGGCUGGGAUUUUUAUGUCAUGUGUCAGCAGCCGUACCAAUAACUGGGUCGAGCUUUGA